AUGGCUGAUAUAACAGUUUACAUACCUGAUAUUCCUGUGGACGUCGAUGACGAAGAACUCGAAGAACAAAUCAAGACUCGUUUGAAGACAGCCCAUCGCCUAGAUGUACAAAGUGUCCAAUGUUAUUCCACACUGGGUGUCGCUGUCAUCAAUAUGCUACAUGAAGAUGACAAACAUUACCUGAUUACCGAGCUUGAGACAACUGUCCUUUCCAAGAAUAGUGGCACUAAUAUAACAUUUGUCGAAGAACUCGAACUUGACUCUUACAUCGUAAUUGGUUCAGAACUCAAGAAGGCUCUUUCGGCUGAUGAAGUUGCUCAAAGGUAUGCAAACGCAUAUAAAACAUCAAAGACUCGUCGUUGCGAAAUCGUCUCCGAUCAGUUCCCUAAUGUCUUUCGAAUCUGUUACAAGCAGCUCGCUGAACUAAUCCAAGCAGCCUCCUCACCCGACUUCAGAAUCGAGGCUGCGUUUGCUACUGUUUAUCCACGUGCUGACUGUUGUUUUUUCGAAGACUUACCAACAAACACUAAUAACGAAAAACUCUUGUCAGCUAUUGCUGCUCAACUUGGUGAACCUUCACUACACAAAACUUCACUCUAUACACAGUACAAUAAACAAACUGGUAAUGCGAUUGUGAUAGCAUCCAAGUCUCUCAGGAAGUGGACAAAAGAGGCUACACUAAAAAUCGAUGAACAUUCCAUAUCCAAAAAACAUAAACUUUCCUACCGAGUACUCAUUUCACCCGUUCACAAUGAUACCGAAGUUGAGAAAAUACUUCACCACAAACUAUUUUACAACCGAGUUGCAUCACAUAAACGUGUUAAUGACAAACUCAUCAUUGAAUUGAACGAUAUAAAUCAUUUUCAUGAAUGUUUGGACAUUGGAGGCUUCGGAAUAGAUGG